AGCGUACAGAGGUGCGGGUAACAUGAACACGUUUUCAGGUGCAUUAUGGGCUCAUCUCUGCCUUCUGUUGCUGAGCAGCUUUUGAAAGACCUUCAGAGAACUUACUCGGAGACAAAGCAGAUACCAGAUGACCUACUAAUAGCAUUGCGAUUUGUGUUCGGCCCAUGUGCUCUUCAGGCAUUGGACCUGGUGGACCAGCGCUCUGUCACAUGUGUGUCAUCACCUAGCGGUCGAGAUGCAUUUCAGGUAUUAGGUGGAUCAGGGCGUCUGUACGCGUGCUUCACAUCCUGCCACUACUGCCCGUGCCCCACCUUCUCUUUCUCUGUGCUCAGGAGAAACGAGUCUGAUGGUGAGUGUAAGCACCUCCUGGCUGCCUGCCUGAGUCAGGCCAUGGGUUUGUGGCAGCAGGAGCAGGUCUCAGAUCAGCAGAUGACCCACAUUCUCUCAGGGCAAACUGAGGCCAGCACAUAAAUAACUGAUCCUGGAGCAGAGAGAGACUCUGGUUAGAACACCCGUGC